AUGGGGGAGGAGAGGUCGACGCCGUUCCUCCGUAACAGGUACUGGAUCCUGAGGCACGGGAAGAGCGUCCCCAACGCGAGAGGAAUCAUCGUUUCUUCCUUGGUCCGUUCCCUAUCUCCUUCUUCCUUGUCUCCCUUCCGGAUUUCAUCGAAUGGUUACCGUUUUGGGGCCGUUUUGCUGUUCGCGGAAGAAAUUCUUCCGGCCUCUGCAUUCCUUGCCUGAUUUAUAUCGCCGCUAGAGGAAUGGUGGAGAUCUGAUUCUUGAUGGCACGGAACUUAGAUUAGCCUCACAAAAGGCCUCGUGAGGCAGGCUCCAUGGAGGUUUGAUGUUUUGAGUCGAGGUUGAGAUUUUGCGAUGGAAGGCUUUCUUCAAGUAAUUUACAAUGUUCAUCGCAUUGGCAUAUUUCAUAUUUCGCAAGGCAUAUUGAGCGGAAUGUCCAACCCCGUUGAUUGACAGCCUUAGAUGAAUAACUCUGGAUGCCUGCCCCAUGCAAUUCAGAAUUUUCUCAUCUUGACGAGUUUGGCGACGUUGCGUCUACAAAAGUCGAGGAGGAAGUCACUCGAAUCUACAUUUCGUGUGUUCCUGAAGAAUAUUUGCAAAGAGUUUCGGGACAUCAACGUCUCACACAGAGGCGACGAACUGAUCCAAGCUUUUGAUCUGGCCUCAUCCAACUAUCGAUUUCCCAGGGCUAGAUCAAAGAUGUUGCAUCUGCUGAAGAAUGAGGAAUGAUAGAAAGCCUUUCAAAAGCACAAUGAUUACCUUUAGUUUGAAUCUUCCCUUGCAUAAAAGACCUGGUUGUGUCGAUUGCAUAAUAUAUUUUGAUGUGCUGUAAAUUUCAGCGGAAAAAUGUACAGUUUUUUCCAAUUUUUUUCUUCUGUAGGAUGCAAUGUAACCCAGCUUAUGGAAGAUGAUGACUAAGUGGGUGCUAUGAUUCCCCCCCUCCCCCUUCUAAUGACCACAAACGCUGCUAGAAAGGUGAUGAAGUUUUCCGUAUAUAUAUACCAGAGGACCUGCACUUAUUCAUUAUCAAAGUUCAUAGUAGGGGAAUGGCCAUUUCUUAAGCCUUGGGGUCAUUUUUUUUAAUUCGGCAAAAUGAUUGCUCAAAUUGGAUUUUCCAUAAAUCUUAGGUUUUUCUUACCCCCACCCCCCGAGCAUGUGACGAAUAUGAAUGGUCUCCAGUUCACAUACACAAACUUUAUUGUACAGACCGAUGCCCCCCUCUUCCCUCCGUGGAUGAACGCCCUUUUGCGUCCCCUACAAAUAAUCCCAUGUCACAUGUUAAACAGGAGAACGGGAUCGUUGCGGAGUUUGGUCUCGCUCCUGAAGGCGUCACCCAGGCACGAUUGGCUGGUGAACAGUUCCUUAAGGUACGUCUCCACGUCCAAAGCCUGCCGAUACACAUAGCUAAGGAUAGAGAGGGAAACUCCCAGGUGGGUAACCACAUGACAACGAGAUUGAUAUAACGAAAUUAGGGCUGAUCUCAUCCAUUUAUAUUAUAAUAUCUUGCAACACUAUAAAAUACAUUUUUUGAUAUUUGCAGGCACUUAAGGAAAGCGAUGUCCGGCCGGAAGAUGUCCGGAUUUGUUAUUCUCCAUUCUCCAGGACGAGCCAAACUGCUGAAGCCGUGGCGAACGCAAUAGGCAUUCCAUUUCCCGGUGCCCAGUGCAAGGUGCCCUCAAUCCUCCCCCUUUGUUCAUUGCUAACUCCUCUCCUUCUUAUCGAAGUCCCUGGUCUGUGUAGACUGGUGAGAUGAAACUUGGGCGCAGUCAGUCCUGUCCUUCGCCCAUUAAUAUCUUUCUAAGCCCCGGCCUUGGACCAAGCUUCCAUUUCCUCCAUUUCUUUUGCAUUCCCAUGUUUAUGUGCUUGGUCUGCUUCCAUAUGAACUGACGCUGCCGCCUCUUUGUCUUGGGACCUUCAGGCGAUGGAAGAGCUCCGGGAGCGAUUCUUCGGGCCGUCAUUCGAGCUUCUUUCUCAUGAUAAAGUACGCAAAUCUUACUGAACUUUUACUGCUUACUGCUCCUGGUAAUCCCGGAGUCUGCCUCAGUAGCUCUCUCUCUCUCUCUCUCUCUCUCUCUCUCUCUCUGUGGGGAAGGGACCCGGGUUCUUAGACCUCUGGCUCCAGGGUGAAUGAACAGGCAACGUUGGUGAAUUACUCGGAAGGUUCGAUCUACAAACAGUAAACGAAUCGAUGAGGAAAUGCCAUCCCAGAUCUUUUUUUUAGUUAGUUAUGCGGUUUGAUCUGUUUGUGAUUAACCCUGGCACCUCGUGAACAGUAUGCGGAGAUAUGGGCCCUCGACGAAAUCGAUCCUUUUAGGCCUCCCGAAGGCGGAGAGAGCGUCGCUGAUGUUGUCUUCCGGCUGACGGCUGCUUUGACCGCGAUCGAAGCCGAGUUUCAAAGGUCCUCUCUCUCUCUCUCUGAGGAACAGAGUUGUUGGAUAUUUCGUUUCUUCGCACAUCUCACGUGGUUGAUCUGAAUGGAAUUAUCUGGCUACUCCAGGUGUGCGAUCUUGCUGGUCUGCCACGGGGAUCCACUUCAGAUCUUCCAGACUAUAAUAGAUGCGGCCAAGGAUAAAACAAGCUCUGGCGAUGGCGGAUUGGAAUCCAGAAUCAAACGAGUUACAGUGCCUUCCAUCUUAUCGCAGCACCGGAGGUUCGCCCUGCUCACCGGCGAACUUCGUCACGUCGUAUGA